UGAUAGCAAAAUGCAAUUAAAUUCUUCCUGUGAUAUUUCACGAAAUCGAUUGUAAUUUUUGUGCGUGAUCGUGAAAUUUGUUCAGAAUCAACGACUCGCAACCUGCUUGCCUUCUAUUGAAUUCCGCAGAGCAAUUUAGUUUUUUACAGGUGGUUAUACAAGACUUUUUAUACUCAUUUAACUGAAGUAAAUCUGACAGCAACAAGAUGCCUCUCAGUGCAGACAUAUCUACUGCUCUUCAUUUAUUGGAGCAUGUUCAAGAAAGGAUGGAAGAUUGCGAUGAUCCUAAGCUACAACUGCUUACAACUCAAGAUAUAAGAUCUUUAAUUGCCCUUCUGGAGGAUCCAGUAUUUCGUAGCAUAGUGACAAUUCAAGACUCCCUGAUCGAACUAAAUACUCAGUUGGGACAACACCCAUCUAUUCUUCCUGGGGACUUUGAUAUUAACAUUAGUGGGCAGCUGGAGCUUUCUACUCAUAGUACACCAGUGCAACCACUUGGAUCAAAUGUGUAUCAGGAUUUAUAUCAAGACAGCAGUGAAUUAGAAGAUCAAAGAGUUCCAGUUGUUCCAUUGGUACAUAGCAGCAGCGAAGACACUAGUGCACAGGUUACAAGUCCAAGUCUUGUUUCAGAGGUUAUGGGUAUGCCUCCAAUUACAACGACAACAUAUGCUAAGGAAUUCAAGAAAGUUAUUGAAGCUGCAGCAAGAGGUCGUCAGAUAUUUACUGUGCAGUUGUAUAAACUAGAGGGAACCAGUCUAGGAUUCAGUGUGGUUGGUCUUCGCAGUAAGGAUAAAGGAGAGCUUGGCAUAUUCUUGCAGGAGAUACAACCAAAUGGCAUUGCUGGCUGGUUUCUCAAAGGUGCACCAUACACUAUUUUAUAUAAAACAUCGAUGAAGGACAAAGAAUUUAAAACUAUAAAUUUAUUACCUACACGUCCUGGAAGACCGCUAAAAUUUGAAAAAAUCGCCCUGGCGCCAUUGUACCAAGAUGCCAGGCCUAUUACUUAUGAAAAAUAUAAAGACAUCAAGCAGUUAUUACCUUAUAUACCUCCGGUGCAUCAUGCAUAUUUCGAAACACUGCCACAUGCAGAGCAUAAGUAA